CACGUGGCGAACAUGGACCCGGUGCUUUACGUGUUGGCGGCGGUGCUGCUGGCAGCGCUCCUCGUCUUCGUCAGCCGCGUCAGGGGACAGGCGCGCGCGGAUGAUGAGGAACACCGUCAGAAUGUGGUGGCCGCAGCAGCAGCAGCCCGACCCCAGCCCUUCGCCGGUGAGCGGGGCGAUGGGAUGCCCAGGCACCGAAGGAACAGGAUGCUCGCUCUGAGACGCUCGCAACAGGCCGAGGAAGCAGUGGAAGAAGAAAAUGAUGGAGCUGAACCUGCUGAGUUCCAGACUUCUGGAAAGGUUGGAGCAAAGAAACAGCGGAAGUUAGAGGAGAAGCAGGCAAGGAAGGCUCAGAGAGAGGCUGAAGAAGCUGAGCGGGAAGAAAGAAAGAAGCUUGAACAGAAACGAGAGGAAGAGCGCCGCUUGGAAGAGGCACGGCUGCGUCAGGAGGAGGAGAGGCAGGAAGAAGAACAGAAGAAGGCCAAGGAAGAGGAGGAACGGCGGGAAUAUGAGGAGUAUCUCAAGCUGAAGGAGAGCUUUGUGGUGGAAGAAGAAGGAAUGGAUGAAGCCAUGACCGAAGAGGAGUCACAUAGCUUCAUCACAGAACUUCUCGACUACAUUAAGAACGCGAAAGUGGUUCUUUUGGAAGACCUGGCUUCUCACCUGGGCCUCAGGACGCAGGAUGCAAUUAACAGAGUCCAAGACCUGAUGGCAGAUGGCACGCUCACAGGGGUGAUCGAUGACCGAGGCAAAUUCAUCUACAUCACACCAGAAGAGAUGAUGGCCGUGGCUGAGUUUAUUCGCUGGAAGGGACGUGUCUCCAUUACAGAACUGGCCCGAGAAAGCAAUUCUCUGAUCAAUCUGCAACCGGAGGCCAGUUUUCUUAGCAAAGGAAUGGCCUGAGAAGCUAUUCUAUUAUUGGGGGAGAAAUAAAAUGGAUAAAGUCAUUUCUUGGAUCAGUUGGGCUUUUGGAUCACUGAGCCAUAUUCGUGCAUUUGGAAUAUAUUUAUAUAAACAACUCAAUUGAUAUGCACUAAGAAUACAGUGGGAAGAAUGCUUUUAAAA